UCUCAGAUUUUAUUGCUUCGCUUCUCCUUCACACUAUUCUUAUUAUUGUUCUGUUGCGCUUUCGCUCUCUCUCUCUCUCCUCCCCAUCUAAUCAAAAUGUCUGCAAUCUACGUGAUGGAGCCGCCGACCAAAGGCAAAGUCGUGCUGCGGACGACGAGCGGCCCGAUCGAGGUCGAGUUCUGGCCAAAGGAAGCCCCGCGCGCCGUACGGAACUUUGCCCAGCUGUGCGUCGAUGGCUACUACGACGGCUGCUGCUUCUUCAGAGUGGUCGACAAGUUCAUCGUCCAGGCCGGCGAUCCGUCCAACACUGGCGAAGGCGGCGAGUCGGCGUUUGGAGAGCCGUUCAAGGACGAGUUUCACUCGCGGCUGCGAUUCACGCGGCGCGGACUGCUUGGGAUGGCAACGACAGGUCCCAACGACAAUCGCAGCCAGUUCUUCAUCACGCUGGACAAGGCGGAGGAGCUCGACAAGAAGCACACGCUCUUUGCAAAGGUCACUGGUGAUACCAUCUAUAACGUCCUCAAGAUUGGCGAAACACCGGUUGAUAAAGACGAUCGCCCAAUGUACCCGAUCAAGAUUCUGGGCGUCGACAUGGUUGAACUGCCCUUCGACGACAUUGUGCAACGACCAGAGAUUGCGCAACAACGGCGCGAGCGCGAGUUGGAAGAGCUAAGGAAAGCCAAGGAAGCCGAAGAACGCAAAAAAGCCAACCAAGUCAAGGCGACAAAAAACUUUAAGCUCCUGUCGUUCGGAGAAGAGGCUGAAGACGAUGAACAGGCCGACACCGCCGUUCAAAAGAUCAAAAGCAGUCAUGAUGUGCUAACGGAUGAUCCACGAGUUCAAUCGAGCUCUCGGACAUUGAAAUCUGGACAGGUCCCUGCAAGCUCCUCAAUAGAGCCAGUGUCCACCGCCAAGCGUUUGGCGUCUGAAAGAGACGAGGAAGAGCGGGCCUCUGACAUUGCUGCCCCGAGCGCUGCUGCGGCGGCGGUUGCUGAGUCUGAGUCUCGAAAGCGCCCAGCGGUCGACCCUGAAGCUCCUUCGGGAUCCGCACCCGAAGCUCAGAAAUCCAAGUUGGACGCCAUCAAGGAACAAACGCGUCUACUUCAAGCAGAGCUUCGCAACGCGAAAGCCGCAAAGUCUGCCAGCCAACAAAAGGCGGAUGCGGCUGCCGAUGCUUCUGUCGCUGAGACAGACCCCGCCGUGGCAGAGUACGAGAGCAUGAUGAACAAGUACAAGAGCGGUCCCAAGAAGAUGAGCAAGGAGCAGCGGGAGGCCCAGGCAUUGGCCAUGCUCAGCAAGUUCAAGACCAAAUUGACAACGUUGCCAAGCGACGCUGCCGCGAAUUCCGCCGAGCCCGCUCCGAUGGACGAUGCACGGAUGCACGCUGAUCCGUCGCAGUCGACCCUUGCCUUCCUCGAGACGGACGAGCAAGCAGACACCUUUGACGAUGUCAAGAGCAAGGAUUGGAUGGCGCAUUCGCUGCAUUGCGAGAACGAGCUCGUUCGCGCCCACGAUGCUUCGAAGGGCGUGGAUGACGGGUACACUGUGUUUGAUCCCAAGAACGAGUACAAGGUUCUCGGCUAUAGCUCGCGUGUGCCGUCGUCUUCGAGCCGCCAUUCUUCCUCGUCCUCCUCGUCCUCUUCCUGGCGCCAUUCGUCUUCUUCCACCUCCUCCUCCUCUCACCAUUCUCACCACAGCGGAUCGUCCAGCAGCCGAAGCGGCGAUCGCAGCGCAUCCCAUUCGUCGUCCCAUUCGUCGUCCCAUUCGUCGUCGUCGUCAUCGCGUCGCUGAGAGUGGAUUCGCAAUGACGCAACAACAUUGCGUCAGUUUUUUUUUUUUUUUUUUUCUUUUCCUAUAAAAAGCC